AUGACUGAACAGCUCAAUGAAUCACCCGAAAAGAUUCGGAGCGAGGCACGACAGCCCAGUAUCGCCGUAGACCCGAGACUUCAGAAGUCCCAUGAGUCGGACGAUUUGGAAAACGAUUAUCAGUUUUUCCGAACUUUGGUCAAAAACAACAUAUUUCAAUUGACUGACGUCUCGGACCAACGAGCGAUUUCAACUUGGUUGCACAAAUGCGACGAGGAACAUGACAAGUCGUUAAAAUGCGGGAUAAUCAAACUGAUGUUGGUGUCACUUCAGCACCCCCGAGGUAAUAUGAAAUUGUUUAGACAUUCGGCCCCGAAAAACCUGCCGUACCUGGUAAACACACCGAAUUACCUCAGAGAAUUGGUCGAAGACAUGUUGAAGAACUUCGAUUCCGACUCGGACACCGACGACGAAGUUUCCCGCCCUCAUCGCUGCCGCCAUCGGACCACCUGCACGAACACUGCCGCCGUGUCGCCGGACAUGACCAGUGUCGCCACAGCGUUCGCCGACGACCGCAGCGUGCAAGCAUUCUACGCCAGGUCCGAUCACACGGUGGACACGUGGCGUCUGCCCAACAGCUUCCGGUUUCCGGUGCACAGUCGUUCGGCGUCCCGAUGGGAAAAGGCGCUAACGACCGACUGCCCAUUGUGGGCCCGAGUGACCAAUUCCACUAAAACUGUGAAGAAAAACAUCAUAAAGGACUGGGAUUUACCAGUUUUCUUACCAGACGAUGGUAAACCGUGGAAAACACCGAAAUGGAAUACCAGCGAAUCCGAUCUGAGUCCGAUGGAACAAAAAUGUCGUGGGUUAAUGUCAGAGCAAAUAUCACCAGAGGACAACGAAUUUCGGUGGUACGAGCACAGUCGGUUGGACGGCAGCUUGAGACCUAUGGCUCAAUUUGGUAUCGAUAAGAACGUACGCGGUCAAGACAAAAACCAAUCGGAAUUGGACGAACGAGCUAUUAACGUGACAAACAAAAUAUAUCCAGAAAAUAUUCGAAUCUUUGUCGAUCCACGUCUUAUCGCCGAGGUGGUUGGUAUAGACCCAACGGACCGACGGGAAUCGUGACGACUGUAGGUUGAUACCGGAAUGACAGAAAAAAAAAAUUGAUAGUCAGCA